AUGAACUCUGCUGUGGGCGUUCCUUCGGCUUCAUACUUGCCGCCUACUAUGCAGCAUAACUUUGGCAAUGAUGCUUUGGAGAAUCGGUGCCAAUCCAGAAUGGACCAUUUCUUGCAUUUUGAGCACUUGGAAGGCUGUGCAACACAUGCAAGGGAUGGCCUACCUUGUGGGUAUUUCGGUGCUACGUUUGCACAAAUUUAUGGCAAGUUGAAGGUGCCGUUCUAUAACCACUCACCCCACCAAGACCGUAAUGGCAAAUCUAUUGAACCUGGGGAAGAUCAAGGAAGGACACCUCAGAGGGUUCAAGAUGCAACCUUUGAGGGUUUUCCCAUCAGGCGCUUUGGUGUGCGUCUAGAAGCACGUGUGGCGCUUGACCGUGCAAUUUAUGCAUGGGAUGAUUGGCCUGAGGAUUGGAAGUAA